AUGUUCGACACACUGCCGCGAUUCGAAGUUCGCCAAGCGUUCCCCAUUUCUUGCGUCAGCUGGCGUCCCACGUGUACUCUACGACCCUCCAAGAACCCUCUCAUCCCUGGGGUUCAAGUACAGACUGAGGACCUGGUGGUCGGUGACGAUAUGGGUAAUAUCUAUUAUUACGUGGUAGAGUGGCCAAUAGGCUGGGAAAUCACCCGGAACACAUGGCCUGGUGCAGUAUCGUUGAUAGCCAGGAUCAGCAAUAUUCACUGUCAGCAAGUAUGCGGUCUUGCAUGGUCAUAUGAUGGUCGUCUAUUCGCCUCGGGGGGUAACGACAAUCUUUGCUGUCUUUUCGAUGCUGGACAAGUUGUUGGACGGCGACUCGAACCUACUAUACCAGGGAACGGGAAUCGAGCGCGUGUCGAAGCUGGCAGCGCCUAUGGUGGUAUUGAGACAAGAGCCACACAGCUAAUAGGUCUCUCUCGAAGUGACGGUGGUUACACGGCACAGUUGCGAUUAGUACCAGAUGCUACUGAUGAUGUCCGCUGCCUUGGUCCUGGCAUUGCGAAGCAUCACUGGAGUCACGACGCUGCUGUCAAGGCUAUAGCUUUCUGUCCUUGGAGGCGUGGAUUAGUCGCAACAGGAGGUGGCUCUAAUGACAAGUGCAUCCACUUCUUUCACACACCAUCUGGGGCAGCUUUGGCAACGAUAUCAGUAUCCGCCCAGGUCACCUCGCUCAUCUGGAACACAACCCGCCGAGAGAUUGCGGCCACAUUCGGUUAUCCUUCGCCAGAGCACCCAUAUCGGGUCAGCGUUUUCAGUUGGCCCGAAUGUAGACAAGUUGCAGCAAUACCUUGGGAGGAUGACUUGCGGGCUCUUUAUGCCAUUGCUUAUCCUCGAGGGCCAACUUCGGGCGACCCAACUGUCACGGGAGGGGGGCAGGAAGGGUGCAUUGUUGUUGCAUCGAGCGAUAGAAGCAUCAAAUUCCAUGAAGUAUGGUCGCGAGAAAAGGGCGUGACUAUAGGCGCCACCGGCAUUCUGGCAGGAAGUGAUAUCCUCGAAGGACUUGAGGGCAUUGACAAAGAAGGGGAUAUCAUCCGUUGA